AUGGAGAGCACCAACUUGACUGCAAACGCUGGCUCCAUCCCAGCUUCGCUUCGAAAGACGUAUGAAGAAGCAGGUCAGGGCCAUGUCUUCCGGUUUGUCGACGCCGGCAAAGUCACCGCGCAGGAUGCAAAUGAACUGGUCGAAAAUCUCCAGCAUUAUGACCCCCACCAGGUUGCGGCCCUAUUCAAUCGAUCUACCAAGGCUAACAGCGUGGCAGAUGCAGCAGCUGACGAGGUAACACCGCUAGAAGAAGGAGUGGUGCACCAGUUGAGUGAGACUGCGCCAGAGUUGAAGGAGAAAUGGCUCGAUCUGGGUCUCGAGGCUGUUUCAAAAGGCAUGGCUGGCGCUUUGGUGCUCAGUGGGGGGCAAGGUACGCGUCUCGGCUUCGCCGGUCCCAAGGGCAUAUUUUCGCGUUGCGAGUUCGCAAAGUACAGGCGCUGGCACAGACUCGCUUCAACCUGA